AUGUCUCGCAACGACCGCGGGCCAAACAAAUUCUCCUUCCCUCUGCCUCGCCGCGUGCGUUCCAAAAAAGCCCAGAGGCACCUUGUCGACGACCACGACCACGACGCUCGCUCGAUACCCCCUUCAACUGCUAGCUCCAGGCCGGCCUCCCAUUACGAAGAACCAGCCAGCAAAGCACACCAAAUCCUAGGCACCGCCAACUCGACGCACUCUUCCACGUCGGGACGAGCCUCAACCCCGCUGGGCUCUGCCUACCGGUCAAGCGUCGUCUUGCCGACUGGUGCUGGACCCUACACUGACGACGGCAUCUCCGUAUCGACAAGAGCCAGCAGCGCCCAUUCAUCACGAUUUGCCAUGUCGAGAAAGCCGUCGUCAAGCGUCUUGGGGCAGGUACACACCGAACAAAGGAGCCAACGACGUGCUAACCAAGGCUCAUUCAGUUACCGGCUACAUACCCAAACAUCCAGCUCUACCAUUCGCUCGCACUACGACGCGAAGAAUUCGCCCUUGUCCAUUUCGCAACAAACAUCCGAUUCUGCUAUCCGAGACCGAGCGUUGCGAAGAGGGCGUCCGCCAGUGCUACGAGACAACGGCUAUGACGGCUAUGACGGCUACGAGGCAAGUCCGGUGUCGCCCGCCAUCCUCGAGGAAGCAAGGAAAAAGGAAAACCGAAAAAGCAAACCUACACGCCUCGAUCUGUCCAGGUUGUUUCCCAAGCCCAAGGGCAUCGGCAAUCAGCGCCAUGGCAUGGCAAUGCUCUCGCCCACCAAGAUGGUCAACUCACCGGCUGCAAUGUCAAUGAACUCUGACUACUUUCAUCACCCUCGAUCCCGAGAUCGGAGUCCACAAAAGAUGCGAAGCAAACUGAAGAAGAACAACGACCCGGUGCACCAUCACGCUUCUGUACGCAGGGUCGAGAAGGAUGAGUGUGAUAAUGCCAAAGUGCACGUACGUCGGCCGCCAAAAGGCGUUACUCACUGGUUCGACGCACUCGACGAAGACAGUAGUGACAAUGCCGACGAAAUGGAGCCUGCCCCUGCCCCUGCCCCUGCCCCGCGCGCUGUUCGCUCGCAUGGUGCGUUAAACCACAGAGACCCUGUUACCCAGACCAAUCAGUCCAUGGCCAGCUCCGUUUACAGUUCUCGAUCGCAGGGUGCUGCCGCACCGCACAAGCGAGAUAGUUUUGCGCUUGAGGAUAUUGUCGAUGUUCGGCAUCUAGCCUCGCCCAGCCAGUACUCGGUCGACACAUAUCAGUCGCAGACGUCGUCGAGAACCAAAGGGUCAGCACUAGCAAAAACCAAUCUCCAAGACUCGAGCGUCUUGUCUUUCUCGUCGUCGGAAGAUGAGGGCGAUGCCCGUCGAAGUGAAUAUCGGACUAAUUUUAGCCGCCAGAGUAUGGAUAGCACCGAGUACAACGGAGAUAUAGUCAUCGGCCGAGCGCAAAUGUACGAGGUCCGUCCCACACACAGCCGGCAGGCAUCCUCGGGGAAAAUGAGCACUUUGUCGACAUCGACAAAUGCUGCUACAAUCGAAGUCAUGUACACACCGGAUCCACCCCUUCCUUCGUAUCGCUAUUCACGGAGCCGCGCGUACAGCGGCAGCAAACGGAACAGCCACGUGAGGCAGCCUUCAGUAAUCCACGAAGAUGAGGAUUCUCGCCCGAGGACAUAUGCAAACACACCCUCGUCGCCUUCGACACGCAGUGUGAUGAGUGCACGUACUUCGGCCAGCGCACCACAGCCGCAGUCAGAUUCUUUGCGCAAACUCAUGCAGGUCACUGCUGAAGAGGAGACCCUGCUGGAACUAAUGAGAAAGAAGCGUGCGGAUAUGCACAAACAGUCGGGGUCGCAGGCACCAAAAAGAGAGGUACACAAGCAAAAGAAGACGGCGCGGGAAACCUCUGGGCAAACACAGCUCAUGUCUGGAUUCCUACCUACGGAGCCCUACGAGUCGAUUCCAACGCGCAUGGUGGACACGGGAUCCAGGCAACGCGCAUCGACAAGUACGUCUUUAUCGCAUCAGUCAUCUGCGCGUGGCAGGUCACCAGGGACCAACGGUGCUGUGGAUACAGGCCGGCUUCGUGAAGACUCCACAAGCGAUGCUUGGUCGGACCGCCAUCACUCUCCUGCCAGCCGCGGGAAAUCGCCGCACUAUUUUUUGCCAUCUUCGAAAUAUUCGCCCCGGGCUCCCUCUCCGCCCUCGUCCCCUAUGCCUGCUGUUGGCACAAUGUCACCUACUACAACUGACCACCCAUCGCCUUUGCCGUCACCCAAGACACCGAGCCAUUGCACGGAACAAAACGUCAAUGUCAAAGUAGCAGAUAGCGAUAUUAGCAACGACCUAGACGAUAUGCCAGCUUUGGAACACAGUGUUGGAGGGGCGGGGUCCGAGAACAUCAAGCCCGAUUCAUCCCGCGACUUCACAUUACAUCGUCGCCGUCGAACUGCAUCUAGUGAUGCGGAAAUAACCUUCCCGGCUCCGCCUACCACUACUUUCAGAGAUCUGUACCCAGUCUCGGAAGCCUCAUCGCGCCCAACCAGUGUAGUCGAGCCACCAGCGCCGAAAUCCCAAAAGAAGGCGGCAAGACACAUAAGUGAACUGGCACUUGGAGGCAUUGAAACGCGAAACCGGAACAGCAUUCAAUCAAUAGCGUCACGCACGUCGACCAAUUCGGAAGCUUCCGCCUAUGUCCAUAGCGCAGGCAGGACGAGAUCACGUCAUCUGAGCCCUGACUGCAUUACGAGCAGUCCUCGGCUUUCGAUUGAAGAAAGGGACAGCAUCAGCGAGGAUAUCCUAGCUGCCUGGAAUAGCUUGGGAGGAACCUACUAA